UUUUGAACGUUCCCUUUCGUUGUCGUGAUUUUGUUUCAUCAAUUUCGGGCUGAAUUCUUAAUUUCAGCGGGACCGGGAAUACCCCAGCCAUGAAGCAAACAUUGGACUAUGCGAAUAAAGUGAUCCUGGCACCCAUGGUCCGAGUGGGAACGCUGCCAAUGCGUUUGCUAGCGCUGUCGUUCGGAGCCGACAUCGUCUACUCGGAGGAAAUCAUCGACUGGAAGCUGCUCAAGUCGGAACGAAGGGUGAACGAUGUUCUAAAGACAGUGGACUAUGUCGACAAAACGGACGGAACCAUCAUAUUUCGAACGUGCGAAAAGGAAAAGGGGAAAGUGGUACUUCAGCUUGGAACGGCCAACGCAGAGAGGGCUUUGCAGGUGGGAUUGAAACUGCAGGGCGACAUUGCUGCUCUGGACGUGAACAUGGGUUGCCCGAAGGAUUUCUCCAUCAAGGGUGGCAUGGGUGUGGCCUUGCUGUACGAUCUGGAGCGGGCCAAAGGAAUCCUGAAGACGCUGGUGGAUAAUCUGAACAUUCCGGUCACGUGUAAGAUUAGAAUAAUGCCCGAGUUGGAGGACACAAUAAGAACCGUGCAGGAGCUGGAAUCAACCGGUAUUGCGGCGAUAGCAGUGCACGGACGGACAAAAAUUGAACGACCUCGACAUCCGGUGCAUCCAGACGUGAUUCGGGAAGUGGCCAAGGUAGCAAAAAUCCCGGUCAUUGCGAACGGAGGCUCACAGGAGAUGAACAAGCGGUCCGAUAUCCUUAAGUUCCGGGAUGCUUGCGGGGCUUCCAGUGUCAUGGUAGCGAGAGCCGCCCAGUGGAAUUGUUCCAUUUUCCGUGCCGAAGGCCAGUUGCCCAUUGAGGAAAUCAUCGAUCGAUACCUCCGGCUGGCAAUAGAGUACGACAACCCUCCCUCGAAUACCAAGUAUUGCGUCCAAAUGAUUCUAAGAGAUUUGCAAGAAUCGGAGAAAGGACGAAAGUUUUUGGAUAGUCAAACGUUGGAGCAAAUUUGUGACGUGUUCAGCCUGGGGCAAUACUGUAGAGCAAAGCAGCUUGAGUAUCACAAUGCUGGCAUUCAGGGACGGAGACAAGCUGCACCCCAGAGAGACGAUAACGAACAAGAUGAAAAUUGUCCCUCCAAGAAGGCCAAAGUAGAAAACAACGGUAUUGGCGAAGAAGUGAUACAGCACAACAUCAGUUUCAUCCGGGUGAACUAUAACGAUGAUGUAGAGCUACCCAAAAGUAAGCUGUACCUGUACACGGUGCGGAACAACCUGAAGCUGCCAAAGUACGAAGUGAUACACAAGGACAAACUGUUCCGAGCCAUCGUCCAAGUCGGCGACGGCAAAUACAGCAGUUCGUUUUGGGAGAAAAGUAAAAAGUAUGCGGAACAAUCUGCCGCACUUACCAGCCUACUUCAUCUGGGCAUUGUCAGUAGGGAAAAACUAAUCGAAAAUGGAUCCAUGAUAGGAUGAGUUCAGUUUAGUUAGAGGCAUAAGAUGCAAAAUCGAAAUUUUAUUUCCAUGAGAUUCUGUUAAGUUUGGUUUACAUAACUGUAAAUAUGUAGCAUACAGAUGAGUUUAACUAGUAAAAAGCUUAAACAAUCAAGACAAACUGUAAACUGAA